CAGCCGGAGCUCAUUUGCAUUCCCAACUCUUAAAGGAAGGAUGGGUCCCGUCCCCCCUCCAAACACCCGCUGACCCACCCACUUCAUUUUCACACCUCUUGAUGAAAUUCCUGCUUGUAGCUGUUUUGUCUUUCCGAGGAAGAAACCUUGCAUGCAACUCCUUAAUGGGGAUCUCUGCAAAGAGGCUGUUUAUUUUGCAAGAGCAACUUAGCUAGAACAGCAGCUUGACCGUUCCCAUGAUUUUUUCUUCUGUACAUUCCGCCUCUGCCUGUAUUCUUCAACAACCCAGCUGAGAAGAAUUCAGGGAACAUACGAGCCCACGCAGAAUCGGAACCUGGAUCUUCAAAACUAAACAGACCUCAAUCUCGGGCACACUUUCCUCUUGGAAGGAAGCUCCAUCUAACGCAACCUGGAUUUGAUUUCUGUGACUGAGUUAAUCUAAAGUUUAUGUUCUUCUUGGUAACCGCUGCCAAGUUCACACUCCUACGUCGAUCAGCUGGUUUUGAGCCUAGUGAAGUGUGGUAGCAAGCUAGCUUUCAGGGACGGUGGAAAGCGAGUUCGUUGCCGGCACAACGUGAAGGCGGAGAGAUGAUUGUCCUUGAGGCGAACGGCCUGGACUUCUGAAUGGUUCUGCUAGCUUGGUUUGGACCAAGAUGGCAAAGUGUCCCUCAGUUGACCAGAGAGAGACGCUGCUUGAGCAGCCGUUUACCUCAGAAACCCAGGAGCUGCCUUCUCCCGCAUCACCACCCCUCCAGCUCCCGGAGGGAUCGGGAACAGAAGUCCCUUCGGCAGGGCCUGGCCAGGCCUCCACGGACCCCUCCCAGCAGUCCCUUCCCAGCAACCAGGCCUCCACGAGUGGCCCCAAGCAGCCGGAAUACCCCACUUGCCAAUCCAAGCCCCCGAUUCCUCAUCCAGCCUCAGAUGGUUCGCAGCCCCCGGGGUGGCAGGCCGCCGAUUCGGCGAGGCCUUUGGGCCGUGUCGCCGGCCCUUCCUCAAGCCAUUUGCUGAGGCAAACGAAGUCCCUCUCGUGGGAAGAGCCGGAGAUCAACCAGGCGCAAAUGAAGCGGCAAGCGAUGGCCAAGUUUGUGUUGGGCUCUUUUGAAGACAACUCUUCCGACGACGAGCUGGUGGCCGGAUCCUUUAGAGUGGCCAGCAGGCAGAGGAGCAGCUUGGCUAGCAUCGGCUCUUCGUCCUCCAUGGAUUCCGCUUCGUUGUCCUCCCUGACAGAGGGCAGUGUGGUCAUGAGACCCAGCAUGUCGGGAAUGCACCUGGUCAAGAAGGGCCGUGAACAGAGGAAGCUGGAUUUGCACAGGGACUUCACAGUGGCCUCGCCAGCUGAAUUCGUGACUCGUUUUGGAGGGAACCGUGUUAUCGAAAAGGUCCUGAUUGCCAAUAAUGGCAUUGCUGCCGUGAAAUGUAUGCGCUCCAUCCGAAGGUGGGCCUAUGAAAUGUUCCGCAAUGAACGAGCAAUUAGAUUUGUGGUCAUGGUGACCCCUGAAGACCUUAAAGCCAACGCAGAAUACAUCAAAAUGGCUGACCAGUAUGUGCCUGUCCCUGGAGGAACCAAUAAUAACAAUUACGCCAAUGUAGAAUUAAUCGUGGAUAUUUCAAAAAGAAUUCCAGUGCAGGCUGUGUGGGCUGGCUGGGGACAUGCCUCUGAAAACCCUAAACUUCCAGAGCUGCUGCACAAACAUGGGAUCGCUUUCUUAGGCCCACCCAGUCAGGCCAUGUGGGCCUUGGGGGACAAAGUGGCUUCCACCAUUGUGGCCCAGACUGUCCACAUCCCAACGCUGCCAUGGAGCGGAAGCGGUUUGGUUGCUGAGUGGACUGAGGAGGAGAACGAGAAGCUGAGAACGAUCACUGUUCCCUUGGAGACAUAUGGGCAGGGUUGCGUGAGGGAUGUGGAGGAAGGCUUAGAGGCCUCCGAGAAAAUUGGCUACCCUGUGAUGAUCAAGGCCUCAGAGGGUGGCGGUGGCAAAGGAAUCCGGAUAGCAGAAGGAGCAGAGGAGUUCCCCGCUCGCUUCAGACAGGUGCAGAGUGAGGCUCCCGGAUCUCCGAUCUUCGUGAUGAAGUUCUUGCAACACGCCCGUCACCUUGAAGUCCAAGUCUUGGCCGAUCAGUACGGGAACGCCGUUUCGCUGUUCAGCCGGGACUGCUCCAUCCAACGGAGACACCAAAAGAUCAUUGAAGAAGCACCUGCGACUGUAGCAUCUCCUUCUGUGUUUGACUACAUGGAGCAGUGUGCCGUACGCCUUGCAAAAAUGGUGGGCUAUGUGAGCGCGGGGACAGUUGAAUACCUCUACAGCGAAGAUGGCAGCUUCCACUUCUUGGAGCUGAACCCCCGGCUGCAGGUGGAACACCCUUGCACUGAAAUGAUCGCCGACGUUAAUUUGCCUGCUGCCCAGCUCCAGAUUGCCAUGGGUGUACCUUUGUAUAGGGUGAAGGACAUCCGCGCCCUCUAUGCAGAGUCCCCGUGGGGUGAUGCCCCCAUUUCCUUCGAGAGCCCCAGCAACGUUCCGGUACCCAGGGGCCACGUCAUUGCCGCGCGAAUCACCAGUGAAAACCCCGACGAGGGUUUCAAGCCCAGCUCCGGCACGGUGCAGGAGCUAAAUUUCCGCAGCAACAAGAACGUGUGGGGGUACUUCAGCGUGGCGGCCACCGGCGGCUUGCACGAGUUCGCCGAUUCCCAGUUUGGACACUGCUUCUCCUGGGGAGAGAACCGAGAAGAGGCCAUCUCAAACUUAGUAGUAGCUCUGAAAGAGUUGUCCAUCCGUGGUGACUUCAGGACGACAGUUGAGUACCUUGUCAAGCUGCUGGAGACGGAGAGCUUCCAGACCAACGAGAUUGACACCAGCUGGUUGGAUCACUUGAUCGCAGAAAAAGUGCAGGCAGAGAAGCCGGACACCAUGUUGGGCGUGGUCUGUGGCGCACUCAAUGUGGCAGACGCCUUGUUCAGGACGUGCAUGGAUGACUUCCUGCAUUCUCUGGAAAGGGGCCAGGUCUUGCCAGCAGACUCGCUUCUGAACAUUGUCGACGUGGAGCUCAUUUACGAAGGCAUGAAAUACGCUCUUAAGGUCGCUCGUCAGUCCCUGACCACCUACGUGAUCAUAAUGAAUCACACUCACAUUGAGAUUGAUGUGCACAGAUUGAACGACGGGGGACUUCUGCUGUCCUACGACGGCAACAGUUACACCACGUACAUGAAAGAAGAAAGUGACCGAUACCGCAUCACCAUUGGCAAUAAAACCUGUGACUUCGAGAAGGAGAGCGACCCCACCUUGCUCCGGUCGCUGUCUGCUGGAAAGCUCCUGCAGUACACAGUAGAUGACGGAGGCCAUGUCUGUGUGGGUCACAGCUAUGCGGAAAUAGAGGUGAUGAAGAUGGUUGUGAAUUUGACUGUGGAGGACUCGGGCAUUAUCCGCCACGUGAAACGGCCAGGCACACUGCUGGAGACAGGCUGCGUCAUAGCGAGGCUCGAGUUAGAUGACCCCACCAAAGUUCACCUGGUCCAGUUACACACAGGGGGGCUGCCCUCUCAACAGCCCCUGCCCAUCCUCGGUGAGAAAUUGCACCAGGUCUUCCACAACGUGCUGGAGAGCCUUUUGAAUGUCAUGAACGGGUACUGCUUGCCGGAACCGUAUUUCAGCCUCAAGAUCAAAGAGUGGGUCUGCAAACUGAUGGCGAAUCUUCGGGAUCCGUCCCUUCCUCUCCUGGAACUUCAAGACAUCAUGACGAGCAUUUCAGGUCGGAUCCCGCCAUCGGUGGAGAAAUCGAUCCGGAAAAUUAUGGCCCAGUACGCCAGCAACAUUACCUCAGUUCUCUGUCAGUUUCCCAGCCAGCAGAUUGCCAGCAUCUUGGACAGCCACGCAGCCACCCUGCAACGGAAAGCUGACCGCGAAGUUUUCUUCAUGAACACCCAGAGCAUUGUGCAGCUGGUUCAGAGAUACCGCAGUGGCAUCCGUGGGCAUAUGAAAUCCGUGGUGCUAGAUCUCCUGAGGCGGUAUUUGCAGGUGGAGACCCAGUUCCAACAAGCUCACUACGACAAAUGUGUGAUCAACCUGCGGGAGCGAUACAUGCCUGACAUGACCCCCGUCCUUGAAUACAUUUUCUCCCAUGCCCAAGUGGCCAAGAAGAACCUCCUGGUGACCAUGUUGAUCGAUCAGCUUUGCGGCAGGGACCCCACCCUGACGGACGAGCUGAUGGCCAUUUUGAACGAGCUGACGCAGCUGAGCAAAACAGAGCACUCCAAAGUGGCCUUAAGGGCCAGGCAGGUGCUGAUUGCGUCCCACCUCCCUUCAUACGAACUGAGGCACAACCAGGUGGAGUCCAUUUUCCUCUCCGCCAUUGACAUGUACGGACACCAGUUCUGCCCUGAAAACCUCAAGAAGCUGAUCCUUUCCGAAACCACCAUCUUUGAUGUUCUGCCCACCUUCUUCUACCACUCCAACCAGGUGGUGCGCAUGGCGGCCCUGGAGGUGUACGUGAGGAGGGCCUACAUUGCCUACGAACUCAACAGCCUGCAGCAUCGGCAGCUCGUGGACGGGACCUGCGUGGUGGAGUUCCAGUUCAUGCUGCCUUCAUCUCAUCCGAACAGAGGCAGCAGCCCCGCCUUGAGCAGAAUGUCAGUGCCCGUCAGCAUCUCCAACCCCGAUUUGGCCCGGCACAGCACUGAACUCUUCAUGGACAGCGGCUUUUCUCCUCUCUGCCAGCGCAUGGGUGCCAUGGUGGCCUUCGACAGAUUCGAAGACUUCGCCAGAAAUUUUGACGAAGUCAUUUCCUGCUUUGCUGAGCCCCCCUCGGAGAGCCCCUUGUUCAGCGAGGUGAGGGCCACGCUCUACGACGAAGAGGACAACAAGAGCGUCCGGGAGGAGCCCAUUCACAUCCUGAACAUCGCCGUACGGUGCGCCGGACACGAUGAAGACGAGGAGCUGGUCCCGGUCUUCAGAGCCUUCGCUCAGUCUAAGAACAACAUCCUUGUGGACUACGGGCUCCGAAGAAUCACAUUUUUGAUAACCCAGCAGAGGGAAUUUCCCAAGUUCUUCACAUUCCGAGCACGCGAUGAGUUCGCUGAGGACAGGAUCUAUCGGCACUUGGAGCCAGCCUUGGCCUUCCAGUUGGAGCUGAGUCGGAUGCGCAACUUCGACCUGACGGCAGUGCCUUGCGCCAACCACAAGAUGCACCUUUACCUGGGCGCGGCCAAGGUAGAGGAAGGCACCGAGGUCACCGACUACAGAUUUUUCGUCCGGGCCAUCGUCAGACACUCUGAUCUCAUCACCAAGGAAGCCUCUUUUGAAUACCUGCAGAACGAGGGCGAACGGCUGCUCCUGGAGGCCAUGGACGAGCUGGAGGUGGCCUUCAACAACACCACGGUUCGCACUGACUGCAACCACAUCUUCCUCAACUUCGUCCCCACGGUUGUCAUGGAUCCUUCCAAGAUCGAGGAAUCCGUGCGCGCCAUGGUGAUGCGGUAUGGGAGCCGCCUGUGGAAACUCCGGGUCCUUCAAGCUGAAGUGAAGAUCAACAUCCGUUUGACGCCAACUGCACAAGCCGUCCCCAUCCGCCUCUUCCUCACCGAUGAGUCAGGAUAUUAUCUGGACAUCAGCCUCUAUAAGGAAGUCAACGACCCCAGCACAGGGAGCAUUAUGUUUCACUCCUACGGAGACAAGCAAGGGCCCUUGCACGGGAUGCUGAUCAAUACGCCCUACGUCACGAAGGACCUGCUCCAAGCCAAACGCUUCCAGGCCCAAUCGCUGGGCACCACCUACGUCUACGACUUCCUGGAGAUGUUCCGUCAGGCUCUGUUCAAGCUGUGGGGUUCCACAGAAGGAGACGCCGCAGACGUCCUGACUUACACUGAAUUGGUGCUGGAUUCCCAGGGGCAGCUGCUGCAAAUGAACAGACUACCUGGAGGAAAUGAGAUUGGAAUGGUGGCCUUCAAAAUGAAGCUGAAAACCCCUGAGUACCCCAAAGGCCGUGACAUCGUGGUUAUUAGCAAUGACAUCACGUACAAGAUCGGGUCGUUUGGGCCGGAAGAAGACCUGCUGUUCUUGCGUGCCUCGGAGCUGGCCCGCGCGGAAGGCAUUCCCAGGGUCUACAUUGCCGCCAACAGCGGCGCCCGCAUUGGGUUUGCCGACGAGAUCAAGCACAAGUUCCAAGUGGCUUGGGUGGACCCUGCAGAUCCCUACAAGGGAUUCAAGUACCUGUACCUAACCCCACAGGACUACACCAGGAUCAGCUCCAUGAACUCUGUUCACUGCGAACACGUGGAGGAAGCGGGCGAGUCGAGGUACAUCAUAACCGACAUUAUCGGUAAAGAGGAAGGCUUCGGCGUGGAGAACCUAAGAGCAUCGGGCGCCAUCGCUGGGGAAUCUUCUCUCGCUUAUGACGAAAUUGUCACCAUUAGCAUGGUGACCUGCCGCGCCAUUGGGAUUGGGGCCUACCUCGUGAGGCUUGGCCAGCGAGUCAUCCAGGUGGACAAUUCCCACAUUAUUCUGACGGGAUUCGGUGCUUUGAAUAAGGUCUUGGGCCGCGAAGUGUACACUUCCAACAACCAGCUGGGAGGAGUGCAAAUCAUGCACAACAAUGGCGUCUCCCACGUGACUGUCCCGGAUGACUUUGAAGGCGUUUUCGCCAUCUUGCAGUGGCUCUCGUACAUACCGAAGGACAAUCACAGCCCGUUGCCUAUUACCCCCGUGAGUGACCCCAUUGAAAGAGAAAUUGACUUCGUCCCUUCCAAAGCCCCUUACGACCCCCGGUGGAUGCUGGCAGGGAGACCUCACCCCACUGUGAAAGGAGCGUGGCAGAGCGGCUUCUUUGACCACGACUCUUUUACAGAGAUCAUGCAGCCGUGGGCGCAGACGGUGGUGGCCGGCAGAGCCAGGCUGGGGGGCAUCCCAGUGGGCGUGAUCGCUGUAGAGACCCGGACGGUGGAGUUGGCGGUACCAGCCGACCCAGCAAACCCAGACUCCGAAGCAAAGAUAAUCCAGCAAGCUGGCCAGGUCUGGUUCCCAGAUUCGGCUUUCAAAACAGCCCAGGCUAUUAGGGACUUUGACCGAGAGCGCCUUCCCCUCUUGAUUUUCGCCAACUGGAGGGGAUUCUCCGGUGGAAUGAAAGACAUGUAUGACCAGGUGCUCAAGUUCGGGGCGUACAUCGUCGACAGCCUGCGGCAGUUCAAACAACCGGCACUGGUUUACAUCCCCCCACAUGCUGAGCUCCGGGGAGGCUCCUGGGUGGUGAUUGACCCAACCAUCAAUCCUCUCUACGUGGAACUUUAUGCAGAUAAAGAGAGCAGGGGAGGCAUCUUAGAAGCUGAAGGCACCGUGGAGAUCAAGUUCAGGAAGAAAGAGCUGCUCAAGACCAUGAGGAGAAUCGAUGCCACCUAUGCCAGGAUUGCUCAGCAGCUGGGUUCCCCUGAGCUCCCAGAAGCCGAGCACAAGGAUCUGGAAAAGCAGCUGAAAGCACGAGAGGAUUACCUCCUCCCCAUCUUCCACCAGGUGGCACUGCAGUUUGCCGACCUUCACGACACCCCAGGAAGGAUGCAAGAAAAAGGAGUCAUUACAGACAUCCUGCAGUGGAAAAACGCCCGCACCUUCUUAUACUGGCGUUUGCGGCGCCUUCUGCUGGAGGAGGUUGCGAAGGCAGAGAUCCUGAACGCCAACAGCGAGCUCAGCAACAGCCACAUCCAAUCCAUGCUGCGGCGCUGGUUCCUGGAGACGGAGGGGGCGGUGAAGGGCUACCUCUGGGAUAAUAACCAAGUCGUGGUGGAAUGGCUUGAGAAACACUUGCAAGAAGAGGAUGGGGCAAAAUCAGCUAUCCGGGAGAAUAUCAAGUACUUGAAGCGGGAUUAUGCCCUCAAGCAUAUCCGGAACUUAGUUCAAGCAAACCCAGACAUUGCCAUGGACUGCAUCAUUCACAUGACCCAACACAUCACUCGUGCUCAGAGGACCCAGAUCGCAUGUCUCUUAGCAACCCUUGACAAUCCUACCUCUUCUUGACCAACGCACUGCCACAGCAGGGAAGAUCACAUACCCAUUGACAGGGAAACGCACAAAGAUGGAAUCAGCGAGCUCCUGUCCUGCCUGUCAAACUUGUGAAUGGGACGGAUCUAUGGAAGAGUUCUUACUGUGGAGCCCAGACUGCCAGGACUUUGCUCAAGUGAAGACGUACUUCUAAGCUAUCUGUGCCUACAAUGAAGCAGCAUUACAUCCAGAUAAGUGUUGUUUUUUAUAAUAUAAAGUAGUAUCUUUUUUUAAAAAAAACAACCCAAGUUUUCAGUUGUUGCUAUCAACCAUCUUCGUCAAUAAGGUGUUUCUUUUUUAAAAAUGACUCCAAUAAAAACAUGUUGAGGGGGAAUUUUCCAGUAGCCGCUAUCAAAUCCACUAUCCGUUGCCUUGGCAAUACUUUCUAAUAGUUUUUUUCUCCAAAUUAAAUUAGCAUCCACACCUUCUUAGAACCACUUGCUUGUUUCUUAGCUGGGAUCUGUGCCUUAUCUGUGUGAGUAGAUGCCAUGGUGCUAUUUAAUGGAUCCACAAGGUUAAUAGAAUUUGCCACAAGCGGAGAAUUCAAAAUACAUCUUUUAAAAGGGGUCAAUAAUGUACAGGUUCAGUGUAUCACGGACUCCAUAACUUCAAGAGCGUGGUACAUUUUAUCCCAAAAUUCUUGCAUGAAAACAUGAAGCCAUAUGCAGGACAAACCGGGUGAUGCUUCAAGGAAAUGUACGUUGUCAAAGCAUAUGCAUUGGAGAGUGUUGCAUUUCCCGACAGUUAAACUAACCCUUAAUGUCCAAACCGGGCUGCUCAUGGCUUAUAUAUGUGUCAUGCAGUUGGGGAGCAUUUUGUGAGCAUUAGUGACAGAGUUUUUCUAAAAGAAAAGAUGGUUAUAAUUUUCUCCUUCGAGGAGGGAAGAAUUGAGUGCAAGGAAUGUACCUCUUUCUCAUAGGAAAGGUGAACUAUUGUGGGUGUUGUCACAGAGGGGAGGGCCCCCAAACCACUGUUCAACGAGCUGAGUUGCUCCAAAUAAAAAAGCAUGUUUACUAAAAA